CCGAUGGGUAUCUGCAAUGCCCCUGCAACUUUUCAGCGGGCCAUGAACAAGGCUUUUCAUAAUUUCGUACGGAAGACUCGUUUGGCAUAGAGCAUCAUCAACUACUGCGUGAUUGUGUACAUGGAUGACAUCCUAGUGUAUUCGAGUCCCUACGAGGGACACGUGCAGCACAUCGAAUGGGCACUGCAUGUGUUACGGGAUGCAGGUUUCAAGGUGGCGCUUGAGAAGUGUCAGUUUUUCCUCACCACCAUUUCUUUCCUGGACCACGUGGUGACAGACAAGGGACUUCAACCGAAGCCGCAGAAGGUGGCAGCUGUCAGGGACGCGCCAGUGCCUACCACUAUCACGCAAGUUCGCGCCUUUCUGGGCCUAGCCUCGUAUUACCAAAGAUUUAUCAAGGGCUUCGCGGUGAUUAAGGAACUCCUCACAAAUCUCUUGCGCAAGGAUCAGCUGUUGAUCUGGACGCCGGAGUGCGAUCAAGCGUUUUCCAAACUCAAAGCUGCUCUCAUUUCGUCUCCGGUCCUUAUAAGACUGGAUCCCAAAAAACCUUUUGUUCUCAUCAUCGACUGGCAGCCAGAGGCGAUUUCAGCGAUCCUUGCCCAGGUGGGACCGAGCGGACUCGAGAAUGUAGUGGAAUAUGCGUCCAAAUCAGUGCCCGCCUGCAAGCGCAAUUACGCCGCUCCAACGGGUGAAUGCUAUGCGGCUCUCUGGGGAAUCAGUCACUUUCGUGCUUACCUGUACGGACGAAAAUUCACCCUGGUGACUGAUCAUGAGCCCCUGUUGGCUCUGAAGAAGUCGAAGGAUUACUCGGGCAUGAUCGGGCGAUGGGCAACGGUGCUGCAGAGCAUGGACUUUGACAUUCGUCAUCGAAAGCACGAGAGACACGGGAAUGCGGACAGACUGACACGACUGCACCAGCCUGAGAAGGUUUCAAAGGGUGGAGAGAUAAUUCCGUGGAACGAACCCGAACGGGAGAUCGGACCUCGGUAUGGCCAAGUGGAUAUCUUAUCGAAGCAUUCAUCGGCGAGCGGGUCCCAGAACGAACCACGUCACCACAGUGGCGGCAUUCACCGGCGACAUCAGCUCGGUCAAUCCUCUGCGGCAUACUGCAAUCUUGGCCUUGCUGCGCGAGUGGACGGAGCAAUCCCUCUUAUCCAUCCUGGACAUUGGCAGCUGUGGCGUGAGACUUUUGAGGAGUUGUCCUUCUGCCUGACCCGAGUACAAGUGAAGUGGACGGGCAUUAUUGAGCACCCCACGUGGAUCGAGAAUCCGGAGCUGCUGAUCAUACAGGGUUGGAGGACUAACGCGGAAGGAGAUCUUAUUGGAUUCCUCUUUGGAUCGGUACGACCGGGUCGUCGUAAGUUAAUUGCACAGGAGCUCAUCGCACCAAUCGUGCAAUUGGCGGACGAUCUCUCGCCCGACAUCUACUUUCAGAGCGACAACAGUCCUGCUCCGUGCAUUUUCGAGCGAUCCUUGGAUCCGUACCUUCAGUGGACUUCGUGCUUGGAGGAACCUAGGGACGAGGAUACGCUACCAUUGCGGCAGGAGUAUCUGAAGCCGUACGAGAUCAUCCCUUAUGCCUUCUACCCGAGGGCAGAAGAAGUGGUGAUUGACGACGACGACGAAGAAGAAGACGACAACGAGGAGACAUCGGAGGAGGGAAGCUAUAGUGCACAUAGCGAGGGUGAGCUGAGUGAGGAGGAAGAGGAAGAAGAAGGAACCGGGUCCGAGUGGGAAGCCCCGGCGGAGGAAGCAACGCGUACGGGAACGGAGGCAGAAGAUCCGGAAGCUGCACGAAAGCGCGAAGAGAUUGCCUCCGGAAAGCGCCAGCUGGAGUUCGCUAGCGAGGCUAGCCUGCGCAUCGGUAGUCAUCCGACCAGGGAUCUAGAGCCGCCGAGGCCCGAAGAUGCCGACCCUGCAGCCGCCACCUCAAGUACCGCGCGACGGAGACGACGCCGAUCCCCCUCCUCCUCCAGCCCCACCCGUCCCCCAGUUCGCCCACGUACCAAUGCGGGCGAUAGGCCUUCGACCUCGGACGCUGCCCCGCCGACCCCUUGAUUUCCUCACCCUCGAGCAGAUCCGUACCCCCGUC